AUGAGAACCACACCCACAGAGGCGCUUGAAAUAGCACUCAGUGUUACGCCAAUAGGCUUGGCCGUGAUAAAAUCAGCCAAUAUCACGGCAUACCGCCUGAAAUGUCAGGGUGAAUGGAGAAACACAGGACUGGGACACACCAGGCUAGGUCUUCUCCAAAAGUACCCUAUUGAGGGAAAACAAGACAGAACCACAAGAAAGUAUCAACUGGUAAAACAUUUUAAAUUAUGGAUACCUGAUAGAAACGAGUGGCUGAAACCGGGCGGGAUCAUGGACACAAAGGUGGACAUGUGGUUCACGGACGGAUCAGGCAUAAACAAUUGCUUUGGAGCAGGAGAAAAAUAUAUCUGCUCAGACAGUAGGGCAGCCCUUCUGGCGUUGGCGGGUACGACCACCGAGUCAUACUUGGUAUGGGACUGCAUGCUGGCGCUGGAGGAGCUGUGUGGAACAAAUAAAGUAACGUUAGUCUGGGUACCCGGGCAUCAGGGCAUACCGGGAAACGAAAUAGCAGACUCACUGGCUAGAGAAGGGGCUAGCAAAGCACCAUAUAGUCGGGAGGUGGGAGUGCCCUUUACGAUGGGCAAAAACUUCAUCAGGGACAGUAUAGACAAACAACAUAAGGCCAGAACCAAAGAACUACUCACACUAAAUAGGCAGAAAUUGAGGAUGGGGAUAGGACUGCUGACAGGACAUUCACCAAUACUCAAAGCCCACCUAUUCAAUAUCAGACUCGCAGACAGGAAGGAGUGUCGACUAUGCGGGGAAAAAGAGGACAGCAUACAUAUUCUGGGCCAAUGUCCGGCUCUGGCUAGAAGAGAUUCAGGAUCUGGGAAAAAUUUUCUUAAAUCCCAAGAAUUAGACAAAACAAGGGUGGUGGAACUCAUAAGCCUAGUGGAGAACUCUGGGCUGAGUACAGUUUAA